ACGUGGAAUCUACACAGUAACCGGUGUUGUUGGAGUACAACAGGGAAGUGGGCAAUCUUCACAUUUUGGGUUAUUUGGGGAUUAGUUACCAGAAUUUCCAAUUAGCUACGUUGAUUACUGGAUUUUUGGCUUUUGCUGUGUCAGGAUGAAACUAAAAGAGAUUGACCGUACUGCUAUCCAAGUAUGGAGCCCAGCCCAGCACCAUCCUAUAUAUCUGGCUGCAGGCACUUCUGCACAGCAGUUAGAUGCUACAUUUAGCACAAAUGCAUCAUUGGAAAUUUUUGAGUUGGAUCUGGCAGAUAUAACGUUGGACAUGAAAUCAUGUGGUACAUUAUCUUCAUCUCAUAGGUAUCACAAGCUAGUUUGGGGACCUCAUGGUAUGGAAUCCAAUGCUUAUCCCGCAGGAGUUCUUAUUGCUGGUGGUGAAAAUGGCAGUAUCAUUCUGUAUAACCCAUCUAAUAUUAUGUCUGGAAAUAAUGAUGCUGUAAUUGCCCAUAAUGAGAAGCAUACUGGACCUGUAAGAGCACUUGAUAGCAAUCCAUUCCAGAGUAACCUUGUAGCCUCUGGUGCAAAUGAAUCUGAAAUCUAUAUUUGGGACUUGAAUAAUUUCAACACUCCAAUGACUCCAGGAGCCAAGUGUCAGCCUUUGGAAGAUAUCAGCUGUAUUGCUUGGAAUAGACAAGUUCAGCACAUCUUGGCAUCUGCUAGCCCUAGUGGACGUGCAACGGUAUGGGACCUGAGGAAGAAUGAACCAAUUAUUAAAGUCAGUGAUCACAGCAACAGGAUGCACUGCUCAGGAAUGGCUUGGCACCCUGAUGUUGCUACCCAACUGGUCCUUGCUUCAGAAGAUGAUAGGAUGCCUGUUAUUCAGAUGUGGGAUCUGCGUUUUGCCACCUCUCCAUUACGUGUUCUAGAAAACCAUACACGAGGCAUUCUUGCCAUUGCUUGGAGCCUGGCAGAUGCAGAACUGCUGCUUAGUUGUGGGAAGGAUAAUCGAAUCCUCUGCUGGAACCCUAACACUUCAGAGGUGUUAUAUGAACUCCCAACCAGCACUCAGUGGUGCUUUGACAUUCAGUGGUGUCCUAGAAAUCCGGCCAUCCUGUCUGCUGCAGCUUUUGAUGGGCAUAUCAGCAUCUACUCCAUUAUGGGUGGCAGCAUAGAUGGUCAGAGACAAAAACAAGUUGAUAAGCUGUCAUCAUCUUUUGGAAAUCUCGAUCCGUUUGGUACAGGACAAGCCCUGCCUCCCUUGCAGAUGCCUCAACAGACAACUCAACAGAGCAUCAUCUUGCCUCUGAAGAAACCCCCCAAGUGGCUUCGUAGACCUGUGGGCGCAUCGUUUGCUCUGAUUUUCUGGUUCAUGAAACACUUCGUUAGCAACUUCAAUUUCUUCUGCCAUGUCCCAGUGGCCACUGAAGUGUUUCAUGAACCAGAAAAACAGCUACAUGAACCGAUUUUUUCUUUGAAUGGACUAUGUACCAUGUCGAUAAAUCCAUUGCUUAAGCUAACUCCAAAGGAUUUAUUGCAUGGUAAAGAUGCUGAUAUCAGCAUUAAGCAUGGUAUGGACAUUAUUUUGGUUACCAGAAGAUUGGAGAACAAAAUACAGAAAUUAAAAACUAUUCAGUGGCAGAAACAGCAUAUGGAAGCUUGUCUUAGCUUCCGUUUGGUACCUAGAGGUUUACGAAUACUCAAAAUGCCCACUUAUGGCAACACAUAUCCCGAAUUGUUGUCAAAGUGGCAGAAACUGAAUUUGGACACCAGUUUUUGUUACAUCAAGCUUCUUAUAGAACAAUAUAGUAAAAUAGAGGAAACGUUAACAACAGAAAUAGAUGUAAUAGAACAAGAACUAAAAUGUAUGCUUAAUUCCUCUGAACUGGAUGUUAUCUAUAGUGAUUUGAGAAACAUGGCAUCUUCGGUUGAUCAUAAGGCAUUACAAGAUAAAAAAAGGAAACUAGAACGUGAUUAUCUAGAUUUCCUGAAUGGUCAUGUAUUUUCUUGGCCGAGGGAUAAACCCGCCAUUAAUUUCAAGAAAUUUAAUCAUACUUCUGAUACCAAUCACGUGCAAGAUGAGAAGGGUGUUUACUCCAAACAGCCAACCAUUCCUUCUACGAUGUCAGCAGGAAAGGAGAGCGUGGUCUCCCUACCAUCAAGCAAGGAAAAGAAAGAACACGGAGGAGAUAUUCGAACAACAGAAGCGGGUUCUGAGACCAGUCACCAAGACUUAGUCUAUAAUAUCUCCAGGUAUGCGUUAACUGAAUUUGAGCUACGGGUCCUUAGUAAAGGGCUCAGCUUUAUACCAUCAAGCUAUACUGAUGUUACUGAUAUUAUUUUAGACAUUAAAUUUUUUACUAGGAAUAUUUCUCUUAAAUUGUUGUUUGGUGAUGAUACUAUAGAUACAUCAGUAGUUAAUUCGUUUAAGAAACCUACUUUUAUACCACCUUCCAAUUCCGUGUUGGAAGCAUUUGAGCGGGCUUGUGAAAAAGAUUUGUUUGAACUCUAUGCCAGACAAGAUGUUAAACCUAAUUUUUACAAUAUGAGUAACGAUGAACGUCAAGCACUAUUAAGCUUGCAAAACAAUAUGAGUAUAAUAAUUAGACAAGAUGACAAGGGCGGACCCGUUAUCGUCAUGGAUAAAGAUGAAUAUAUGAACAAAAUUGACUUGUUGCUAGCAGAUGAUACAACAUAUAGUGUACUCAGUGGUGCUUGUUUAAAUAAGCUAAUCAACAAUGUGCACAGUAAUCUAUAUGAUUAUUUGUUAAGUGAUGUUAUUGAUACUGGGUUGUAUAAUUAUUUUUUGGUUGAAAAUCCCCUGGUUCCCACCUUCAGGGGUCUUCCAAAAAUUCAUAAGGACAUGCUUGAUCCCCCAUUACGAUCCAUAGUGUCCAAAUCUAAUGAGCUAAAGCCAAUUGUGACCACAGAUUUCUUGGUGACCUUAGAUGUGAAUUUUGAGGAUGAUUCACGUAGUAAGUAUCUCAAUCUAUUGGGAUACAAGAAAGAAGACAUGGGAGAGAAGAUCGCAGCAGCACUUAAAGGUGAAAGUUCUAUGAAUGGUGAAUUAGAGACUCUUACUAAACCUGAUAAGGCUGUCGAACAUGUUGGUGAAGAUAUUGGAGUCACUGAAGAUCUAUCCCCUGGGGAGACAUCUGGAAAGGAAGAUAAGUUCCCCAUACCACCUUCAACUGAAACUUUUAACAUAUCCGUCAAUGGAGAACAUGCAAGAGCCAUUAGAACCUUGGAUUCAUAUAAUGCUUUAGCACGCCAUGCUAGUAAAUGCAGACAGUUUGAAAAAUUUAACUUCCUAGUACUGGAGCAAGUUGCAGUAUUCUUUGGAGACUCUGAUACUCUUUUGGAAGUUAAAGAACUCAAAUGGCAACUUACUUUGGCAGCCGAUUUACCACCAGGACUGAAUGAAUAUAUUAACAUUAAAUGUGCUUUACGUUGUUACAUCUUGUUCUGUUUCUUUUUGCAACUGAAGUUGAUCACGGCAGUAGUGUCCCAAGACUGGAAGGAAAUUGUUCAGUCCUGUGAUUUGCAGAACUGGCGAGAGGCACUGGCAGCUGUUCUGACUUACGCUAGACCUGAUGAAUUUUCUGCUCUUUGUGAUUUGCUUGGUACUCGACUGGAAUGUGAUGGUGAUGACAAUCUCCAAGCUCAAGCUUGUCUGUGUUAUAUCUGCGCUGGGAACAUAGAGAAACUGGUUGCAUGUUGGACUAAAUCAAAGGAUGGAAAUACACCACUGUUGUUGCAGGACUUGGUUGAGAAGGUUGUUAUCUUACGGAAGGCAGUAGAAAUCACCCAGACAGCAGAUCCAAACAUUAUGGGGGCCCUCCUGGCUGAAAAAAUGAGUCAGUAUGCUAAUCUGCUUGCUGCACAGGGUAGACUUGCUGCUGCUUUAGCGUACUUGCCUGCCAGCACCAACCAGCAAACUAUUAUUCAUCUACGGGAGAGGUUGUUUAGAGCUCAAGGAGAGCUGUCAGGCCAAGGGAUGGCAUCAUUUUCAGCUGACAAGCAACCAAAAGGAAGAGUGCCUUCUGCUUCAGCGGUUGGUACAAUGCAGCAACAGGCAGUUCAUUCACCACAACAAUACUACCCACCGGCUAGAGUUGCCCCCACAGUCACUUCCUGGAGUAACCAAACCCCCACUGCCCUCCCCAGCCAUCCAUCGCCAGCCUCUGAUACACAGGGGGAAAAUCCACCACCUGUAGGCUUCAUUCUGCAAGGAUCCAAUAAUCCUGCUGUGUCAAGUCAGUCAGCUGUGCAAGGCUACAAUAUGUACUCUCAGGUGGGCUCACACCAGGCGUAUCCUCCACCUUUCCCACAGCCACAGCAUUACCCCCAUGGUAUGGUGGGACCAGCUGUCUAUCAGCCUCAGCAAUCUUCUGUUCCUCCAGUUUCAGCUGCAUACCAAAAUGUACCUUACAUGCCUUCUGCUCCUCACUCCUCUACUUCUGGAACUGUGUACUCUGGACAACACCCUCCAUCUCCAGCAGGCUUUAAUCCUGGCUCUAGUUUUCCUCCUCCUCCUCCUUCUGGAGCAUCCUACCAGCAUGGCGGGCCAGGAGCUCCAGCAGCAUCUUUGUCUUAUGCACCACCCACUGGACCUACAGGUACACUGCCUGCACAGAAUGAACUGCCUGCAUCUCAAGGAACAGGAGACCAAACGACCCAAAGCCAGACUUCUCUCUUGGAAGGACCUCAGAAUGGAUGGAAUGAUCCCCCAGCAUUUAAUAGAACAACCAAGAAAACAAAAGGACCCCAGGUGUAUACUCCUCUUGCUCCUAUUACAUCACCAAUCAUGAAUGCAGUAGUGGAUUCCCAGAGUGCAGUGCAGCAGCCGCUUCCUUCGGUUCCUCAAUCAUCACUACCUCAGACAAUGCAAGUGCCUUUCCAGCCUGUGCAGCAGCCAGUUGGUCAGCCAGUACUACAGCCUCCUUACCAGAAUGUUCCAUCUCCUCUUGCACAACCAACUCUACAGCCCUCGUCAGUAAAAUCCAAUAUAGAGGGAGCACCUGGAGCACCUACAGGAAAUACUGUUCAGCCUUUGCAGUCUCUGCCUUCUGAAAAGGUCACUAAAAAGCCUAUUCCUGAUGAGCAUCUUAUCUUGAAGACAACAUUUGAAACUCUUAUACAAAAAUGCUUGACAGCGGCAACAGAUCCACAAACCAAGAGAAAACUGGAUGAUGCGAACAAGCGUCUUGAAUUCCUGUAUGAUAAACUUCGGGAUCAAACCCUGUCACCGACAAUAAUCAAUGGUUUGCAUACUAUUGCCAAAAGUAUUGAAAGUCGCAACUAUGUGGAAGGGCUGAAUGUCCAUACACACAUAGUUGGUACGAGCAACUUCAGUGAGACGUCUGCUUUUAUGCCUGUGCUCAAAGUUCUCCUGACUCAGGCCAACAAACUCUGUGUUUAAGUCGUAAGGAUCACAGUCUGUGACAUCAUUAAGGAAAUUUGGCUGUCUGCAAGAUUGACAGUAACCUCAAGCCAUAGUGAUAUGGACCAAAGACUCUUUUAACUGGCAUAUACAUUUUAGUGGUAAUUUAGUGUACCUGUUCUGGAACAUUAAAGAAUAAAGGGACAUAACCAAAAAGUGGACACUAGUGAUUUUAAAUUCUGUUUUGUUUGGUUCCAUACAGUUUACAAAGGCACCUAUGUUACUGUAUUUUAAAUGCAUGCUGGUUUCAAGCAAAUUGCUCUCACUUCCGAUUGUUUCAUGUGAGAUUGUAAGACUGUAACAGAGACCACAUAUAACUGAUUUUUAGAUUAAAAUGUUGACCCUUUAUAAAAUUUGUAUUUAGUCUUUUAUCAGCUAUGCUGCCUAUGAUUUCACAGUAUUCCAAAUCUCUCUCACGUUUGUUCUGAGACGGAGCAGAAAAUAAAAGUAAUUUAUUUAAA